AUGGAGUCCAUCACAGCAAUCGCGCGAGCCUGUUUCGACAGCUUCGGGCAGCUAACCGCCACCCUGACCAAAGCGAGCGCCGAACAUUGCGAGUCCACGCCUCCAGACAAGAUCGAACAAGAGUUUGGUAGAUUCAAGAUCUGGUGUGCAAAUCUGGGCGCUCUACAGACCGGCAAGAGUUCGCUUGAUUCGAGGCUGCGUGAGUCGGUGGUGAUCCGCACCAACGUGCUGAAGCACUUGGCCAGGCUGGAUCAGACUCUAGUCAAGAGCAGGGAGGUCACAUCCGGCGCACGACUACCCCUCGAGAAGCAACCGCAGCCAGAGGAUUCGGGCAGCGAGUCUUCGUCGGAGGAAAGCGAGAGUGACGCUGAGCCACCUCGAGAGCUUGCCCUGCACCUCGCUACAAUCAGGGACAUUCUGAAUGAUCUGAUAACGCUCUACCGCGAGGUCGAUGACGAUACCGGCAUCGACAAGUUCGCCGCCUACACCGAGUUUUACAGACGCCAUAUCCAAGACUCGCUCCUUCAACUCCGCCGAGAUGCUGCCAAAGAGAUGAAAAAGAAGCCUUCCGAUCUUGCUCGGCUCAGGGAUACCGAUCAGUAUCUCAUCGACCGGCUCGUCGUUGCGAUGAACAAGCGACGCAAAGUCCUCCGAUACUGGCAACGGCAUGCCAGAAAAAUGGCCGAGAUGCCAAAGGAGGUCAAACCGGUCAUUGAACCCCAGCCGAUGCCGAAGGCUCCAGCUGCAAACCUUGAGACACAGAGUAUCAUAGAGAAGCCCAGCAGGCAGGUCCAAUUCCUCAUGCCAAGUUCAAGUGUCACUGGAAAGACUAUAUUUUCGAAGACCGAGGCGACCGCAUUCGACAAGAGGCUUGAUGAACUGCUGGAGGUCCAAUCCGUCAUUUCCUAUGUUUCAACACCGGAUGAUGUUCACGGCAACGACGUUGAGCUCCCGGCGCCACCAUCUGCGGCGGCUAAGGGUUCUGAGUUCUGGUGUCCCUACUGUGGUAUUGUCUGUCCAGCUCGGCAUGGCAGGCCCCGUGCCUGGAGAGCUCACAUCCUGCAAGACCUUCAGCCGUACAUCUGCACAUAUGACGAAUGCAAAGAUGGAUACCACCUCUAUAGUAGCCGCACAACAUGGCUUGAGCACGAACGCCUCGGCCACCGGCGAGUCUGGCAGUGCUUCGAGCACGCAGAACCCAAGUUCUGGUCCAAGGCUACACUGCGGCAUCAUCUGGAAUCCGAGCACGGGGGCGACAUUACUGAGAUGCAGAUCCAGAACCUGAUCGAAAUAUCCGAGCUAAGUGUCGAGGACACAAGGACCACUUGCCCCUUCUGUCUGUUGGACGGCCCAUUUUCGAGUGGCUUUGAGAAUCAUAUGUCAGUUCAUAUGCGGAGGUUUGCUACGUUUUCGGUAUCUCGGGACAUUUCGACACACGACGAGGCCGAGGACGAUACAAAUGAGAAUCAUUCAGGCCGAGCACAAGGUGUUGGCUCCCAGGACUUAGGUAUAUCUGGCUCGCUACACUUUGAGAGCCAGCCUCCCUCUAACACAGCUUCGGAUGUCGACAAGCAGGCAUUGCAAAGUCCACCAUCAGCCAUCUGGGAGGAGCAGUCUUUCAGCGAGGACGACCAGAACUCUCCACCAAGUUAUGUACGCUAUCCAGAUCUGAGACAUCGACUCUGUCAUCAAACAUUCAGAACAAGCACAUACGAACAAUUCAAGAAUGCCAAUCCCAAUCGAGUCCAAGGCACUUCCGAUCCUGGAUGUGGCAAGUCGGUCCUCGCCAAAUCGCUCGUUGAUUAUGAACUCCGAAGUACUGAUGAGCAUACCGUAUGUUAUUUCUUCUUCAAGGAUGAUAACGAGCAGGACAAUGCUGCAAACGCUCUUUGCGCCCUACUUCAUCAAUUGUUCGUUCGCCGACCCGACCUAAUCUGGCAUGCCAUCCCCGCAUGGGAGAGAUUUGAGGACCAGCUGCGGAAAGAAGUGUCUGAGCUAUGGCGUAUAUCCCUCGAAGUGGCGACGAGUCACGAACUCCAAGGUCACUACGUGACGUGUGUUCUAGACGCGCUGGAUGAAUGUCUACCCUCCGACCAGCGUUGGCUCAUCAAAAAGUUGGCCGAAUUUUCCACUCAGAUAUCAGCCUCUGCAUCAACGACAUCAGGCGGCAUAUUGAAAUUCCUCGUUACGAGUCGGCCAUACAGUGAUAUUGAAAAUGGGUUCCUACACGUCUCUCGGCUACGAGGCGAGGAAGCGAAUUACAGGAUAGACCGGGAAGUUGGCGAGUUCAUCCGCACCCAAGUGGCGAAACUAGCGAAGGGCUUGAGAUUACAUCCUCACAUGAAGGACCUACUGGAAACUCAAAUGCCCCUUCCUUCAACCGUGGAGGAUGCAUACGAGAAGAUUUUAAAACGAGGUCAACUUCAUGGAGAAAUGAAAGGCAUCACGAAAACAAUCUUACAGAUUGUGGUGGGAGCACGACGCGCACUCAGCGUCGAAGAGAUGGCCGUCAUCCUAGGAGUUACCCUAAGCACACAGUUAAAAAUGUCGCUAGGAGAAGGACAAAUCGACCCUCUUGGACUCGGAGACAGAAUUCGUCACUGGUGUGGGCUCUUUGUCUAUGUUGAAAAAGACCGUAUUUACCUUAUCCACCCCACCGCUAAGGAGUUUUUGGUCGGCUAUGGUGACUCUGAUGGUGACUCUGGGUGGAAAUACUGCCUCAACCCGCUGGAGAUUGAAAAAAUCAUGACUCGACUCUGUGUUGAUUUGUUGUCGUUUGAAGAUGUCAGGUCAACAGCCCAGUCUCUCAUCAACAAGCUCAAGCUACAGGAUCUGACCUGGGAGAACGCUUCUGAAAGUCUGUUGGCCUAUUCAGCGGAGAUGUGGUCCAACCAUCUGCGAGACUCACACAUAUCGAAGAGCGAUCCAUACCUAGAUACUAUAUCUGACCUUUAUGAUGUCGAAGGUGAUCUGUAUAAUUUAUGGUUCCCGAUCUAUUACGCGCUACAUGAAAAUAUGGCCACUAUGCAGAGAAGACCACAGAUGACUUCUUUUGACCUAGCAGCACUUCUGGGACAUGAACAGAUAUUAGAACGGAUGCUACAGUCGAACAGGUAUGAAAUCAACGAAUUCGACAAUACUCGUCGCACAGUAUUGAUCUGGGCCUGCGAGUAUGGCCAUGAAAAUGUGGUGCGGAUACUCCUGGAGGCUGGGGCACCUGUCAAUGCUCGACUAUUAGACGAGACUGCACUUUAUGCAGCAUCUAAGGCUGGCCACGGGCCGGUAGUUCAGAUGCUGCUGGAGGCGGGAGCAGAGGUCAAUGAUCGAUACACCACUGCACUCCAGGCUGCAUGCUAUGGUGGCCAUACAACCGUGGUGAGGAUGCUCCUGGAUGCCGGAGCAGAGGUGAAUGCUCACGGAGGACAAUUUGUUACUGCACUCCAUGCAGCAGUCUAUAAUGGCCACGAGGGGGUGGUGCAAAUGCUGAUAGAUGCCGGGGUAGAUGUCAACGCUGUAGAAGCAGGGGUUACUGCAUUGGAAUGGGCAUCCUCUCGUGGCCGUGCAAACAUGGUGCGAAUGCUGAUAGAUGCCGGGGCAGAUGUCACCGCUGUAGGAGCAGGUGGUUUUACUGUAUUGGGAGUGGCAUCCUCUCGUGGCCGUGCAAACAUGGUGAAGAUGCUGAAAGACGCCGGGGCAAAUCGCAAUACUUGA